GUUGUACUUCUAUUCGGACUGACCGCUGAAUUACCGUUUUCCGUCGCCGUUGAAUGCCAAACUGAUCCGCAGAUCUUAGCUGGGAACCGAAUCCAGGGAAGGUUUUGGGAAUCGGCGGACGAUAUACGUGUAGGUGUGCGUCUGUAGGUUGCCGGAAUUUGGAGAGGAGGGGAGGAAAUGGGGACGGCAACCGCAUUAGCGCCGGGGCUGUCGCGGAAGCUGAAGAAGGUGUUGGAGACUCGCACGGACGCCCCCGAUCUGCUCACGUCGCUCAACACUCUCUCCGAAUUUUAUUCCGAGAACACUGCUCAUGGCCGCAGGAAUCUCCGAUCCACAAUCGAGAAGCGUGGUCUCUCCAUCAAUGAGGAGUUCCUUGCCGCCUCUGCCUCCGCACAACAGGCUUUGGACUGUGUUGAGGAAGAGGUCAACUCCCUGGCUGAAUGUUGUGAUAAGAUUGCAAAAGCUUUAAGCAAUUGUAAUGCUACUACUGGUGAUAUUAUCAGUACCACUGAGAGGCUUAAACAGGAACUUGAAACUACUAUGCAGAGGCAAGAGAUAGCAUCAUGCUUUCUUCGUGACUAUCAGCUUUCUAAUGAUGAAAUAAAUGCAUUGCGAGAGGAAGAAUUGAGCGAAGACUUUUUCAAGGCACUGGCUCAUGUUCAUGAAAUACACGCAAAUUGCAAAGUAUUGCUUAGGACACACCACCAGCGAGCAGGUUUGGAGCUUAUGGAUAUGAUGGCUGUCUACCAAGAAGGCGCUUAUGAACGACUAUGCAGGUGGGUCCAAGCUGAAUGUAGGAGACUUGGGGAUAUUGAUAAUCCUGAAGUUAGUGAACUCCUAAGAACUGCUGUGCGAUGCCUCAAAGCAAGACCAGUACUUUUCAAAUACUGCGCAGAAGAGGUCGCAAAUAUGAGACACAAUGCACUCUUCAGAAGAUUCAUCAGUGCCCUUACUCGUGGAGGACCUGGUGGAUUACCUAGGCCAAUUGAAGUUCAUGCUCAUGACCCUUUAAGAUAUGUCGGCGACAUGCUAGGAUGGCUGCAUCAGGCCUUGGCAUCUGAAAGAGAACUUGUCUUAGCUCUGCUCGAUCCUGAUUCAGUGGCAGAUACCGGACCAAUUGCUCAAAGGUUCUUGAAAAUCUCAGAGAAUGAUUUGGGAAAGACAGAACCAGACUUGACGUUUGUUCUAGACCGUAUCUUUGAAGGAGUUUGUCGGCCAUUUAAAGUGAGAGUUGAACAAGUUUUGCAAUCACAACCAAACCUUAUAAUUUCGUACAAGCUUAGCAGCACUCUGGAAUUUUACAGCCACACAAUAUCAGACUUGCUAGGAAGGGAAACUGCUCUCAGCGAUACACUCUGGGCUCUCAAGGAUGCUGCUCAAAAAACAUUUUUCGACAUACUAAAAGCCCGUGGAGAGAAGCUUCUUCGAUAUCCACCACUAGUUGCUGUCGAUCUUUCUCCACCUCCAGCACUAAGGGAAGGUGUUUCAGUGCUCCUUGAAAUAAUCGAAAAUUACGACAGUAUGAUGGUUCCUGUGUCCGGGAAGAAGCCUGCCUUUGAACCCGUUAUAUCUGCUUUGCUGGAUCCUAUUAUUCAGAUGUGUGAACAAGCAGCAGAAGCACACAAAUCCAAAGGCAUAACUCCAUCGCCGAGAAGAAUUAAACCAAGCCCCGACGCAUCUCAACUACGCAGAUCGUCUAUAGACGCCAUCUUAGAUAAUGGCUCGUCUGCCCUUUCGACUCAGAUCCGGGAAACACCUUCGAGAAUCUUUCUGAUCAACUGCCUCUGCGCCAUCCGACAACCAUUGCUAGGCCACGAGGUUGCCUCCGACUACGUGAAGAAACUCGGGUCCAUGAUCGAAACCCACAUCCGCGGUCUUGUCGAGAAGGAAGUCGACGCAAUCCUACGAAAAUGCGGGCUAUCAACCAAGAUGCCUCACUUCUAUGGCUCAUUCAAGGAUGGCGACCGGAAACCACUGGCUGAGACGGAGGGCAUGUCCCCGGCAGCUCUCUCGGAGUGUCUCAAGGCUUUCUUUGGCCUCGUUUUGGGGAGUGAAAGUUCCCUGCCGGAGUUUGAACAGAUGCAGGUGCCGAGCCUGCGAUCGGAAGCGUGCCUUCAGCUGGCUAAGUCUCUGGCCGAAGCUUAUGAAGUCAUUCACAAGGCGAUCAUGGAUCCGGAAAACGGGUACCCAGAUCCCCGGACCCUGGCCCGGCAUCCUCCCGAUCAGAUCCGGACCAUUCUGGGAAUAUGAAUACGAAGGUAGAAUAUAUGCAUACAUGUAAGUCAUUCGCCGUUAUAAGUUUUAUAGCAUUAUUCGGUGUAUUUAGGACUUCCAUCAUGUUGUGCUUGUUUGUGAUAUCGAUCUUGCUUCUAUGCUAUUAGACAAUUUAUAAUAAAUAUUUUUUUUUAUUAUAAAUAAUAUUGUUAAAAUAUUACAAAACUUUUUACA